AUGGCCAAGAUUCGUGUUGGUCUCAUUGGAUUGAGUACAAAUACGCAGCCCAUGACUGCCGGCACAUGGGGGAUAACGGCUCAUCUUCGACCAAUCCAGGCCCUUGCCGAUUACGAGAUUGUCGCUGUCGCAAAUUCCACCGUAGCUUCGGCCAAAAGAUCCAUUGAGCACCACGGCUUGCCCGCUGAGACCAAAGCAUAUGGUUCGCCCGACGAAAUCGCAGCUGAUCCCGAUGUCGACCUCGUUGUCGUCAGUGUAAACGUUGCAAAGCACUUUUACCUAGCCAAGCCAGCCCUGGAAAAAGGGAAAGACAUCUUUGUGGAGUGGCCACUUGGUGCAUCGAUCGCCGAGGCAGAAGAACUAACCCGACUGGCAACGGCAAACAAUGUGCGAACCAUUGUCGGACUCCAGGCACGAGCCGAUCCCGCUAUAUUAAAGCUCAAGGAGGUCCUUGCUUCCAAUAAGAUUGGGAGAAUCGUCAGCUCGGUCUUCACGGCCAGUACCGCCACUGUACCCGUCGACAUGUGGCCUCAUGGCGCCGAGUAUUACCUCGACUUCAAGAGCGGUGGGAAUGAAUUCACCAUAUUCUUCGGACACCUCCUCGACACCUUUGUUCAUGUCUUGGGAGAUUUUUCCGACGUCCAAGGUCUGCUCAAGUCACAGUACACCACGGUGCCCGUCAUCGACCCCUCCACUGGCGAGGUGCUCGACCCGGCACAUGCCAAGUCAUCUCCUGAUCAUAUAUUUGUUCAAGGAAUAUUGCUCAAUGGUGCUGUAUCUUCCUUGUCUCUCAGGAAGCCCAAGGCAGCUGCCGAUGAAGUUGGGUUUCGCUGGAUCAUUACAGGAACCGAUGGGGAGUUGGUGCUUACAGCACCGGAAAGACAUUGGCAGUUUGGAUUGCACGGGAGAUCUAGUGACUGGUCACUGAGGCUGAAGAAGGGCAAGGAAACUGGUUUUCAGGAGAUUGAUUUGAAAGACCUUGACACUUCACCGGCUUCCAUGGUAGAGCAGCCCGGAACCAAUACUGCCAGGCUGUACCAAAGCUUUGCUGAAGGCCAAGGGCUAGAGGCGACAUUCGAGUCAGCAACAAAGACCCAUCGCUUGUUGGAAAGAAUCGCAAAGUCUGCCGGUUGGGAGCUGUAA